AAAUGGGUUGUUGGUAAAUUCGGCAGAGUCUUGCCUAUCCUGCACCUUCGGAGUCAACAGAAAAAUAAAAUUGUGAAAUACGACCCGUCAAAGUAUUGCCAUAACCUUAGAAAGCUGGAGCCAGACUUGACACGUGUAGUUCCUAUAUCUGAGCUUACUUGGCAGUUGGAAGGGAGAGAUGACAGCAUAACCAAGAAGCGGCAAGGAGAGUUCCCUGUAACUAAGAAGCCACCUAAAAAGCUGAGGCAACUGGGCAGUGAGGCUCUGAAUGGAGCAGUAGUUCUCUCUUCUGGGUGCCAGUCACAUUCAAAAAACACAAGCGCAUCACAGCUUGAUCAAAGAUCGAAAUUCAAAUCCAGGGAGAAGUCUAAAUUUCCUCCAUCAAGCAGUCUUAAUAGUGAAAUAUCAAGGAGAAGUCUGUUACCAGAUAAAAGCGAUGUUCCUGGAGUUACAGCUCAAAAUAAUGGGAGUGCUUCGGAUAGUGACAUUGAUUCUGAAGAGGAAAUCAGAGCAAUGGUAAAGAAGGAGAGAGAAAUACAGAAAACUGAAAAUGUUGAGACUGAAAGUGACCACUUGGAAAUUGUUGGGGAUAAUUUUGAAUUAAAAUACAAUAGUCACUGGUCCUUAAGCAAUCCAGAUGCCGCGAAGAACGCUGUCAAAGGAAGUUAUAGGGAGAAAGAAACUAUGGAAUGCGAUAAUGGCUAUGACUCAGCAGAUACAGAUGAAAUUAUUGCUGAAAGUAAAACUCCAGAUCGAAGUAGCAGGAGAACUGCCAUUUUAGAAGGUUCUGAAUGGGUGAAGGUGGAAAAUAAAGAAAUAUUAACUAACAAAAAAUGUGAUUUGGUAAGCGACUCCUCACUGAAGCCUUGCAAUUUCAAAGAAGAAUACAUUGAAAGAAAAGGGAAAAUUAAAAAAUCCAAAAUUGCUGCCUUACAGAGUACAGCAGUUAACAGAAGAACAAGUGAUAGUGAAAGCUCUUAUUCAGAGCCUGAGGAAGGGGAGUCUGAAAUCAGUUCUGAUGAUGAGUCCAUGAUGCAAAACUCUUAUCGCUUAGACCUCACACUAGAUGACUUAAAAGCCUUAGCUGCUGAAAACACUGGGACACCAGGAGAAGAAUCGGACAGUACACAGAAUUCUAGUCAGCGUAGUGUUGAAGAAAAUUCUAAGAGUAAUGUAAAUAAAAUAAAACUUUCUAAAUCUUGCCCUGCAGUUAAAAAAAAAUGUAUCUGUCCUGAAGAUGUAGUUGCUGCAAUUUUAGCAGGGGAGGAGAAUGCUGAUAAAGAAUGCUCCAAGGGACAAAAUAGUUCAUGUUUGAAAUAUCAGCCCUUCAGAGGAAUGGGGUCCCUUUGUGAAAAAGAGUUAACGAAAGACAGCAGUGGCUUAAGGAAAAGGUCUGUAGAAAGUUUAGGUCUUGAAGCUUGUAUUUCUUAUUGUGAGGAGGAGUCGUCUAAAAGGCCAUCUAGGAACCAUCCAUUGUAUUCACUUGGAGUCAGCAAUAAAACGAGACAAAAUAAGCAUCGCGAAGAGCAUAGGGAGUUGUCAGAUGCUGCCUCCUUAGCAGAU